AGCAGGCGGAGCACUGCAGCCACCGGUAGUUGUCUCUUCCGUCUUGUUUUUUAUCCGAGGGGAAGAGGAAAGCAAGAGAACAGACGAAGAAAAAAUUCCAUCUAUCGCUCUCUCUCUCAGCUUCUUCGAAGAGGAUUCUCUGCAGGGAGAAAAAUGGGGCUGACCUUCACGAAGCUAUUCAGUCGUCUAUUUGCGAAAAGGGAGAUGAGGAUCUUGAUGGUUGGGCUUGAUGCAGCUGGUAAAACGACCAUCCUCUACAAGCUCAAGCUAGGAGAGAUCGUCACCACCAUCCCCACAAUCGGAUUCAAUGUGGAGACUGUGGAGUACAAGAACAUUAGCUUCACUGUUUGGGAUGUUGGUGGUCAGGAUAAGAUCAGGCCUUUAUGGAGGCACUACUUCCAGAACACUCAGGGGCUUAUCUUUGUUGUUGAUAGCAAUGACAGAGAUCGUAUUGUUGAGGCAAGGGAUGAGCUCCAUCGGAUGCUAAAUGAGGAUGAGUUACGUGAUGCUGUGUUGCUGGUGUUUGCAAACAAACAAGACCUUCCUAAUGCAAUGAAUGCUGCUGAGAUUACUGAUAAGCUUGGCCUUCAUUCUCUGCGUCAACGACACUGGUACAUACAGAGCACUUGUGCUACCUCGGGUGAGGGGUUGUAUGAGGGGCUUGAUUGGCUCUCGAACAACAUCGCCAACAAGGCCUAAAAUUUUCAGCAUGCUGGGUAAAGCGUUUCAAUAUGUUUCUGGAUUACAUAUACCUUUUGCAGUUGUGGUGGGUGGCUUGCUGUGGGAACACUUUGUGGCCAUCAGUUUGUUGGUCGUGGAUAAAUUACCAUCUUUUUCCAAAUUUUCUUUCACUCAUGUUGUAGCGUUCAGAACCUGUCACCGAGUGGGCUUUGGUGUAUUUGACUUAAUGCAGUCUACAGGGUAGUGUUAUGUGAUCUAUUUACAUUUCAGUGGUUAUUGUACAGGGUUGUGUUCUGCUUUGGGUUGAUGAGAAGCUGUGUAGCUAAUAGCUGCAGAUGUUAGCCCUGCUGUUAAUUGCCUUAUCAUCGUAUGUAAGCGGAGAUGAUAUUGAUAUUGCUGCUUCUACAGUAUUGCGUAAAAAGAUAUUUCCACUUCA